AUGGAAGCAACAGCAUUUCAACAGGCUACUGGUACUCUGCAGCCUCAUGGUUACAGUAGUAACUCUGCCCUUCCUCGUGAACGUGAAAAUGUGUCCAUGAGGUCGAUUCCAAAAAGAUUCAAGCUAGAGAUUGGCGGGUUAUCUAUAAGAGAACGUUCUCAAAAGAGGACUGCUGGUUUGAUUCAAGCAUCUGCUUUUCAGACAAGUGUAUGCAAUUUAGUUUCAGUCCCAUCAAUCAACGCCCCAAAGGAAUCUAAAUCUCCAAAGAAAUCGAGAGAAGCUGCUUUGAUUCUGACUAGACAUGGUGAGUCACAAUGGAAUGCAAAGAACUUGUUUGCAGGCUGUGUUGACGUGCCAUUGACGCAAAAGGGUGUGGAAGAAGCAAUUGAAGCUGGCAAGAGAAUAAGUAAUAUACCCAUUGACAUGAUUUUUACGUCUGCGCUCAUUCGUGCACAAAUGACUGCUAUGCUUGCCAUGACUCAACAUCGACGCAAAAAGGUGCCAAUUGUCAUGCACGACGAAAGUGAACAGGCAAAGGCAUGGAGUCAAAUAUUUAGUGAAGAAACUGAGAAACAGUGUAUCCCUUUCGUAACAGCUUGGCAACUGAACGAAAGAAUGUAUGGGGAGCUUCAGGGUCUAAAUAAGCAGGAAACUGCAGAUAAGUAUGGAAAAGAACAAGUCCAGCAGUGGCGUCGUAGUUACAAUAUACCUCCACCAAAUGGCGAGAGUUUGGAAAUGUGUGCUGAAAGAGCUGUUGCAUACUUCAAGGAACAUAUUGAACCUCAACUGCAAGCUGGAAAGAACGUGAUGAUUGCAGCACAUGGAAAUUCGUUGAGGUCUAUAAUAAUGUAUCUUGACAAACUAACUUCCCAAGAGGUUGUAAGCUUGGAACUAUCAACUGGGAUACCGAUGCUUUACGUUGUCAAAGAGGGAAAAUAUUUCAGAAGAGGAAGUCCGGCAGCACCAGAUGAGGCUGGCGUUUACGCUUAUACUAAGCAUUUGGCCCGAUACAGACAGAAGUUGGAUGAGAUGGUAAAUUGAUAAAGCUAGAAGCUUUGAAACUUGUCGAAAAAUCUUC